AUGGAAUCAGUGGCUUAUAGGGAGGAGGAGCAACAUACAAUUCUUCCUUCUCUACCUCUUAGACUACUUCCUUUUCAGGCGGUGUCGGAUAUCCUUCCAGAUACAUUUGAAGUUACAGCGGAUCUCACCUUUCGACCACAACCGGGUCAAAUAAUGAAUUAUGUGGUGAAGUAUCUAAUGAACAAGGAGAUGUCGUUGAGUAAAGGUGAAGUGGGAAGAAUUUCACCCCAGAGAAAUCCACAUAGAAAUUGGAAGCAAAGAUGCAAGCUGGCUAUCCACACAUCUUUAGAACUAAGAAAGAAAGUUAAGAUAAGAAGAGAAGUAGAAGAGUGA